AAAAGAGUUAAGUCACUUUUUGUAUUUCUCUUCUUCUGACUUUACUUACAUGAACAAUCAUCGUCGCCGUUUUCGUCUCCUUCUUUCUCUGUCUCUUUCACUUUCACUCUGCCUUCCCUUUCGCCACUAAUCACUUUCCUGUUAAAUUCGUAACCAAGGCCAGAAUAGGUGUUGACUAGUGUUAGUCAGUUAACGCGAGUAAAAAUCAAUAGUUAAUCCCUCUAAACCUCGCCAUCAACAUUAUAAGUAAAAUAAAGCUUAGUUGGUCAAUUUGGAUUUCUCAUUUUAUCAUCUGUUCACUUCUUGCAUUAAACUUGUGGAUUUCAAGCUGCUAGUGUUAACAUUGUUUUCCUUUCAGUGUCCAACAACUUCGUACAUUAACUGUUGAUAACCCUUUCUUUUUUUUACCGUGUUAAAACAUUACAGUCAUAAUGUUCAUCUUUACCUGUUUAACUCUUGUUUCACUUUUAGUCAGUUCAAUUAACUCAUGGCCCAGUGGUGCACCAGAAAAAACAUGUUCAACUUUAAGACCAGUUCAUGGAGCAAAUGUUGCUAAAACAUUGGACUCUUCACCUUACACCUUAACUCAAUCCCAUCAAACAUAUCAACCUGGUGAAAAAGUUAGAGUUGACCUGAAAGCAUUAACAGGUCAAUCAUUCAAAGGUUUAAUGAUCCAAGCUUAUGACCCAUCAACUGACAAACCAAUUGGUAGAUUUUUACCUGGACGAGGAUUGAAAACAUAUGAUUCCUGUUCAUCAGUAACCCACACUGAUAGACGCGGCAAAAGAGGAGCCAUGUUGAUCUGGGAAGCACCGAAAAACGUUUCAGGCCAAGUUGCCUUCAAAGGAACAGUCGUCAAAAGAUUUAGCGAGUUUUACGAAGGAAUCAAAUCAAGUGUUGCCCCCAAAGCAUAAUCAUAAUGGUCAUUCAAUGUAAUCACUAUUAGCUGAUAUUUACCGUUUUUUACGAAUUGAGUGUAUAUAUUAUCAUGUUGAUGGUAAUAAUGAAAAGCCAAAUUUAAAUCAAUUUUUUAUGUUAUUCGCACAUAUUAGGGACAAGCAAUUGUUUACUAAAUGUGAUUUAAUUUUUAAUUUUUUAUCUGUUGACUAUAAAUUCAAGAUUCAUUUUUGCUUUUCAUUUCAAGCUCC